AUGACAGCACUUCUCCGCGGUCAUAUAAACCUAAUAAUUGCUUCCGUUUCCUCCCAACCCCCAGUACUGGUCGACUCCUCCUCCUCUCUGCUGCUCUCGCUGCUAUUGGCCCAACUGCCUUUAUUUACAUCUGCCGUCCCCGCCCCCUACCGGCGGCCGAACGUCGUGCACGAACUGGACAGAUUGGCCAAUCAGACGAAGAAUCUGCGGCAGAUCACAGCAGAUCUAUUGGUGAGUGGAAUGUUAAUGUAUUCACUUCUGAUGUCAGGAUGGGGGGAUUGCUAUGCUGGUCUGGGUACUGUAUUGAUUGUGUGAUAGCGAUCAUGUCCAUUACAACUUACCUGAGGCACAUGAAAAGAGACUGGCUGAAGUUGUUGUCCAAUAGCUCACCUUUAUGACCCCUUAAUAACUACUAUGGUUUCAUAGUGAUUGCAUAGAGCAGUCAUAAGAAGCCAUGCUCCUCCUGCCUCACUCUCCCUGACUUUGUGACGCAAUACAACUCUGGACAGUUGAAUUGGACAGUUGCCCUAGAUGUCUUAUUCUUCUUGUGCUUCUAGUUCCGACAGUGCAGUAAUAUCUAAGAUAUUACUGCACUGUCGGAACUAGAAGCACAAGCAUUUCGCUACACUCGCAAUAACAUCACUAACCAUGUGUAUGUGACCAAUACAUUUGAUUUGAAGUUAAGCUGCUUUUGUUGUGUCAGCCAGUGUAUUAAGAGUCCCUUAGCCGUGUGAGGAGGACAGCCAGGGCUGGCGUCAUUAGCCGUGUGAGAAGGACAGCCAGGGCUGGCGUCAUUAGCCGUGUGAGAAGGACAGCCAGGGCUGGCGUCAUUAGAGAUUUCACUAUGUGAGGUCAGCCUUAAUCCAGACAGGACAGGACUGGGCUCGGAGGCCGACUGACCGUGGGGAGAUCUGCCUCAACCUCCUGGUCUGACUGAGCCCUCAUAGUAGGGGAAAGGUGCCUCUAGACACUGAUCUCAGGUCAGUUUAGUGUUUCCCCCCCUAAUGCUAAGGGUUAGGAUUGGGGGUAGGUACGCUAGUCCUAGAUCUGUUACUAUGGACAACUUGUACCUGGAGUAGAAAACACACACACUCAAAGAGAAUAGAAAGUAACUACCGGUAAUAGUUAUUUCUGGAACUGAUUAACUCCGUUUAUUAGCUGUGAGGAAAUGGAAUGUGGAUUGGCACCUGUUGCUUAUCUGUUGCUGUUUCCUGAAGUUGUUCUAAUCUAGAUGGCCAAGUAAAAGCGGCUGGGGAGUUUGUAUUGAAAUGGGAAUGAUUGCGGUGUACUUUAGGCCUACAGAUGUGAUGGAAGUGUCCUGUAAGCAAUGUGUUUGAACAGGUGAAGCAGAACAUAUCCUUAUCUUUGGUUAUUCAUGACCGCAAGAGAUUCUAUUUUUAUAUGAUGUAAAUCAGAAACCACAUUUGUUUAAGACACGUAACUGAAAAUAGUUACACACUCUCUAGUCUCUGGUAAGAGGAUUGUUCAAUAAGUGUGUGUGUGUGUGUGUGUGCAGUAUCUCUGUAUGAGGACACAGUGCUAUAGCAGUAGUGUAGUAUGGGGGCCAGAUGUGAGGAAGAAGCUUUAUCAAAGCAGACAACGCUGCACAGCAAUGGCAAUAUGCUGCUUUGACAAAAUGUUUUGUUCGUUUUUCAAUGACAUGAAGGAUUUAUUUUGGUUUAUUUUCUUCUUGUGCAGAGUUCCAAUGAACAGGGGUCAAGGCUAGAAAAGAAAAAUAGAAUUGGUGUCAACGGAAAGUCCCUGCAAGAAAGCAAUACAACUGUGUGUGUGUAAUGUUUCUACAUGUCUGUUGUGUGUUUUCAUGUGUGUGUCCAUGUGUUGUGUGUGUCAGAGUGUGUGUGCAUUGAGGGUGCUGUAAAUAGUUGUGGUUGUGUAGGUGUGGUGUUUAGUGUUUGGUUUUCGGUCGCCACAGCAAAGUGACCUGAUAAAAAUCACAGAGAUUUAUCACAUUCCAGUAUUUGCAUUCAGGAAGAUUGUUGGGGGGGGGGGGGUGGGGGGGGGGGCACACACACAGUGAUGGGGGUGGGGGGUGCAAGGUUCAGUCGAGUGAGGUCAUGAUGGAGAGAACGAGAGAAUGAGAAUGGGAGGAUAAGAGAAUUACAGGCUGAGACUGAGCAGAUAAAGAGAUCAGAGAGAGAUGCAGGAGAAGUGGUCACCAGUGGUGUGUGUGUGUGAGGAGCAGAGGGUAAGACGGAGGGUAGAGAGGAGAGGAGAGAGAGAAAUAACCCAAAGAGGGGUGGAAGGGAUAAGAGGGGUGGGAUUGGAUUAAUUCUGAAAGAAAGACAAAACAUUAAGCCACAAACAUUAGUGGUGUUUUGUAAAAGACAGAGAAGCAAGUGAGUGAGGGAGGGAUGAGGAGAGAGAGAGAGAGAGAGAGAGAGAGGCGAGGAGAAGGAGAAGAGAGAGAGAGAGGAGAAGAGGAGAGAGAGAGAGAGAGAGAAGAGAGAAGAGAGAGCAGAGAAAACAGAGAGAGGGCAGAGACAGAGAGAAGAGAGAGCAGAGAGAGCAGAGAGAGAGAGCAGAGAGAGAGAGAGAGAGAUAUGAGGGAAAACAACAACAAUAAUAAUAGCAAAACACGAUGGUAAAAGCACAAUGAGGACAGACCAACACAAUAGCAUGAGGAAGCAUUAAGUGUACACAACCCAUUGUGUACCACCAUCCAUAAUGUUUUCCUAAUGCUGUUAUGUUUCUCCACUGAUUGGUGCUCUGACGCACAUGGCGUCAGUCACUGUUGUGCUUCACGUCAUUCUCAGUCAUUUACAUUCUACUCAUAAAUCACUUCUUCACCUGUUAAGGGCCCACAGAGAUACAGUAGCCAGUAGCGGUGCCCCCGAGUCUGCUGUGAUGUGGUCUGUCUCCCCCUAGUGGUGGCUGUGAGUAGUGCAGACACACAGCAAUACGUCAUCUCACAUUUUUUAUAGCUGCGACCCUGGAGUUUCCCUGCAGCUCUGUGUUGUCUAUCCCACUCUGAGCUCUCUUAGUCAGAGCAUAUGUUGUUCUCCUCCUCUCCCAGUAGAAAACAUCCUGUGGUUUCAGGUCACUUGCUCUUAUUGUUGACGUUUUCGGGUUACAAUCUGGGUGAACUCUCCCUGACCCAACCACACUUUUCUCAGGGAAAGCUACGGUCUCUAGUCGUGGCCAGACCAGACAGUCAUCUGAUCUAGGUGCUGCUGGAAUAAUAAUUUCCUUAUGCUUCCGUGACUCUUGUGAGGAUGUACUUGACUGAUGUAGCGUGUUGUUUUGUCUGUUUUUCUUACAGAAGGAACAUGCGUUCGAGACAGACCCAGAACAGCAUAGAUUUAAGUCCCUGCCAGUAAUGAACAACAGAGCCAGUGACAUCAACUCCCUUGAGGUAAAUGUGUUUUAAUUUGUUUGUGUGUGUGUGUCUAUAUGUAUUUCUGCCUUCCAGAUGUGUUCUGUUAUGUCCCAGACAUUGAUACUAAAUCUCUCUCUUUUUCUUCAACUCUCUCCCUGCCCCUUUUCUUCUAUCAUCCAGAUGAGACCCAUUCUCUCUCAGCUCCACUCGGACUUGAAGUCGUUUGAGCACCAUUUUGCCUGGUUGAGCAGAGCAUCAAGGAAACACCACCACCCUGCUCUCCCUAAACUGGGACAGAUGAUCUCACUCAUCAAGUCUCUCACCAGCAUGCUAGAGCAUCAGGUAACUGCUCCGUCCAACACUAAUACGGCUGAUAAAUACAGUAUGCAGCGUAGUACAUUUCUAUAAUUUGGAUAUUAUAUACAUAUGAGAUUUUAUCAGAUAGUUCUACUGUUCUUACGCUGUGUGAUGAUCUAAUAAUGGUAUAGCUCUGUAGUUCUUGCACUUAGGUUUCAAUCAUUACAUUACAUUUAGGCCUGUUGCAUCACAUUCCUUGGAUGGGAGGUACAGUAGUCUAGCCUAGCACUUCAGACAGGAAAUCUAAACCCUCUCUCUCUCUCCGUUCUCCUCAUAGAUGGUGAGAGUUGAUGCUCAGCGUCUCUCUCCUCCCUCUCCCUCGCUGCCACCUCCCCCCCCAUCCCAGUUUGAUGUGUUACAGUCUUCCCAGGAGCUGCUACUACAGUUCAGACUCUUCUGUGAUUGGGCCCAACGAGUGUUCUCAGUGCUCAGUACAAAGUCCAAAAUGUCUGCAGUACAAUGA